GUUACGCUGCGCUCAGACACCAAUAGUCAUAAUACCCCCACAAGGCUUUUCGUUUCUCUUCUCAUGUCACCUUGUUUGGAACAUGCAAUGCGUGUAGAUGGUCUCGCUAGGUCUGCGACACCGGCUCCACGCGACUAUCGUCAAUCUGAAGAUAUGAACGAUGACGGUUGGAUAGUGGGUCCGGCAUCAGAAUUAUUAUUCUGGGUGCCACCUGCAUACCGUGACAGGCUGUGGACCGGCGCAAGGCUCAAGAUGGUCAUAGGAAGGAAAGUUGUACAGCUCGAUCUCAGUCAAUUUGUCCAUGGCACGUCUUGGCACGAGUGCUAUCGCCCCUCGCAGCCGCAGUGAUUCGGACCAGUACUUUCUUCUAUGUUUGAUAUGUACUUUGUAGUCACGAGGCAGCCGUACAUAGCGUAUACCUCCACUAGAUAUUCCUGCGC